AUGGCAACUCGCAUCAUGGCCCAAUCUAUGUUGCAUGAGAACAGCUCCGUGGAGCAGAAUGUGCCGGCACACUUGAACACACCCGCUACUGCUGGAGACACGACUACCUAUGUGUACGUUGCAGUUUUCCAAGAACGAGCAGCAACUUCUGUGCUUUCAACUAAAACGGUCACACAGGACGCUGGAAGUAACACCGACGCUCUCAUUACUCCACAACGAACUCAGAUCACAUUGUUUCACGAGCCGGUUACUCUUAGAUGA